AUGCUGCUUCGUCCGCUAACCAAGGUAUCCGACGGCUCCCACCGCCACCUCCAGCUCGCUGCUGCAGUCCUCCACUACGCCCUGGGUCUUAGCGCUCCCCCUUCUCGCUCAGCCUCCCGCACCCGGUGUCUCCCCCAGCCUGAUCACGCUACUGCCGCCCCCGCCUCGCCGCCGGGCAGUACCCCAGAGAGGCCGCCGGGGGGCAGCAGAGACCAGGCGCAGGUAGCCGGUGCAGGCCCGGCCGCUGCUGCGUCCAGCUAUGGGGACUGGGGCGGAGACCCGGGCGGCGCUGGGGUGGGAGGAGGCGCGUUGGAGGACACUGCACGGGGUUGUGGAUGGGAUAAGAAGCCCAAGACUUCCAUGGCCUCCACCUCGCGCCGCCAGCGCCGAGAGCGUCGCUUCCGCCGCUACCUGUCUGCAGGCCGGCUGGUCCGGGCCCAGGCCCUCCUCCAGCGCCACCCGGGCCUUGACGUGGACGCUGGGCAGCCCCCGCCACUGCACCGGGCCUGUGCCCGCCACGACGCCCCGGCCCUGUGCCUGCUGCUGCGGCUCGGGGCUGACCCUGCCCACCAGGACCGUCAUGGGGACACGGCCCUGCACGCUGCUGCCCGCCAGGGCCCCGAUGCCUACACAGACUUCUUCCUGCCACUGCUGAGCCGCUGUCCCUCUGCCAUGGGGAUCAAGAAUAAGGACGGGGAGACCCCUGGGCAAAUCCUGGGCUGGGGACCCCCUUGGGAUUCCACCGAAGAGGAGGAGGAAGAUGAGGCUUCCAGGGAGCGAGAAUGGAGACAGAAGCUGCAGGGCGAGCUGGAGGACGAGUGGCAGGAGGUCAUCGGGAGGUUUGAAGAUGAUGCUUCCCGUGAGACCCAGGAACCCGAGUCCUUCUCCGCCUGGUCAGAUCGCCUGGCCCGGGAGCACGCCCAGAAGCGGGAGGCUGCAGGACCCCAUCGACCCCCUCGGAGGGCUGAGGGCUGCAGUCACAGCUGGCGACAGCAGGAGGAGGAGCAGCGACUCUUCCGAGAACGGGCUCGGGCCAAGGAGGAAGAACUGCGUGAGAGCCGAGCUCGAAGAGCCCAGGAGACUCCAGGGGAACAAGGGCCAGAGAAGGCCAGGCCUAGGCCCGGGGCAGAGUCCCCCCGAAGGGCAGGGAGGGGCAGCCUGUGGCGCUUCAGUGAUGUGCCCUGGCCCUGUCCUGGUGGCGGGGACCCUGAGGCAAUGGCUGCAGCCCUGGUGGCCAGGGGACCCCCGCUGGAGGAGCAGGGGGCCCUGAGGAGAUACCUAAGGGUCCAACAGGUACGUUGGCAUCCUGACCGCUUCCUACAGCGAUUCCGGAACCAGAUUGAGACCUUGGAACUGGGCCGCGUGAUGGGAGCUGUGACUGCUCUUUCUCAGGCCCUGAAUCGCCACGCAGAAGCCCUCAAAUGAGCCGAAGGAAAGGGCGAGACACUGGGGCGCAAUCUUGGGGGCGGGCAGAAGGAAGGAUCCGGUGCGCGAGGAAGGAGGCAGAUGCUCCGUGGAAAGGAUAUGGGGUGGAAGCGAAACCUGUCGGAGCGAGAUGUGGGUGCAGGCUCCACCACAGCCCCUUGACUUGUCGUUGCCUAAUAAGACCUGGUUCCACAUCUCACUCCCAGUGUCUCCACUGCCUUUUCCAUUACUGUGGUUUCAUCACCCUUAACAGCUCCUUUCCUACCCACCCGCUGAGAUCCGCCAUCCUCACAUACCUGUAACACGCAUGCGCAGGCUAAGGCUGCCCUCAGCUGGAGAGAAGCCCCUACUUGCCCACUCUAGGGGUCAGACCUAGGAAGGCUCUCUGCCCUCCAACCUCCCUCCCUACCCUGGGGUCCCAUCCAUGCUGCAGAUGUGAACAGAGGCAAAAAAGGAACAAAGCCAGUUCCCUCCCCUCCCCAACUCCGUGGGGCAGAACCACAUCCUCCUCCCCCAUGAACACCCCAUCUGCCCCACACAGGGCUUUCCCUUUGCUGAGUCACUGAAUGAGAUGAGUUGGGGGCAGAUGGGGCUGGUGGACCAGCAGGAUGUUAGGGGAGGACAAGGGAUAGAGACGAAGGAUGGAGGAAGAUCGCUGGUGUGGGGGUGUGGAAUUUCGGUUGCUAAAAAUAGGAGCAGAGGAAGGAGGUGGGAAGGCCUAGUUAUGUAACCUGGAUUAUCUGUUCUUAAGCAACCAGAGUCUCACACCCAAGGCUAGUCAGACUGCUAGACCCCAGCUGGAUCCG